CAAAGUUUGGUGCGUCGUUCUUAUUUCACAUAUUUUAGGGCUAGUUUUGGUACCAAAUUUGAGUACUUGCUCUCAUCGAGAGCGGAAAUAAUCAGUCGUAUGCAUAGACCACCUCCUGCUGAAGGAAACAAUCUCGAGGAACUAUUAGGAGAGGAGCCUGUUCCCGCUAUUCCUGUUCCGAAACCCAAUAAUCCCGUUUGGCCUGAUGAGGACGCUGCGGCAUUCUGUGCAUUAACUCCACCUCUUGAAACCUUUAUGGUGGUGCCUGAUGAAACAAGGAAAGAGCAGUUCUAUCGGACGGCCCAACAAGACGACAUGCUAAUCGGGUCAGUAACUGCUAUUCAAGACUCUGGCCUUGUCAUUACCAUACUCGCUUAUGAUCAGGGACCUCGCAGAGAUUUUGACGGACUUAGAGUUACUGGUUUUUGCCCAAUUCGUCAACUACCAAAGUUUGCAACACAUGGGAAUCCCCUUGAUGCCUUUCAAAUUGGCGAUAAAGUCAGAGCCUUUAUUCUUGACGUCCAUCAUUCCGGUCGACUGAUUCUAAGUAUGAAUGAUAAGGCGCUCAACAUUAAUCUCUAUGGUAACAUUCAACUGGGUAUUAUUUCAGAUGAUGACUUGCCUCUUCACUACAGAAAGCUGCAGAAUCUUGACGGCAAGUCAUUUGAGACUUGUUUGCUUGGCAAUCCACAGUUUAAAAAUCCUGAUGGUCUGAGAGUUCUUUGUGCAAGAUUCGACAUUCCUAGAUCAUCUGCUUGCAGUUUACUUUUCUCGAACGCAAAGAUUAGUCUUCCCAAACAAGAGAUGGCUUGUGAAUUACGACGUGUCCAACUCUAUAACAUGUCUAUGAGGCAUGUUGCACAGGGAGUCAAGUACUUUAAAGAUAAUCGCAACACCGAGGCACUGCAAUGCUACAACUUCGCCAUAGAGGUUGAAUCUACCAAUGCUGAUGCCUAUGUGGCUCGUGGGGCUUUGUACGCUUCGAUUGGGAGUUAUGCAAAGGCAAUCGAUGACUUGGAAAAGAGUCUCUCACUGCAACCAAAUCAUGCCAACGCGAAGAAUUAUCUUGGCCAGACAUUGUUGGCUUAUACCAUUGAAAUAACUUCAACUGACCCUACCAGAGCUGAAGCAAUGCUUCAAAGAGCUCUAGAGUUGGAUCCAACUAACCUCGAGGCUCGAGAAGCUCUUAGACAACUUCUAAAUGGAGCACCUAGUUCUCAUCACAAUUACGACGCCAAAUUGCGUUCUUGGUCUCGCUCACCGCAGUCGAGGAGGGGUAAUGCAUCUAUGGAAAUGGCCCAUCGACGUCAUGACGACAGGUCUCCGGGGUCCCCAUCUGGCAGCGUAAAACGAGGUGGUGAGCCGAAUUCAAGUAUCGACAGAUCUCGUGCUGUUCUUGAGCAACUCGUUAACGAAGAUCGUUCGAAACGUGGACAACAGCAACGCAAAGGUGGUGAAUCUGGGGAUGAGUUUCAAUCACCACCUUCGCGAAAUCGCUAUUGUGACGAUCGUCAUCGUGAUGAUAAUAGGCAUUUAGAUAAGGUCGGGAAUGAUUCCAUGGAGAAGGGUAAUUUGGCCAAAAUCGUCAUUACUCGUGAUCGUUCUGGUCGUGUGAUUCGUUGUGAAGACGAGAAUCGUUGGCGGGAGGAUAGCGAUCGUGGUGGAGAUCGUGACCGUUCUGAACGCGAUAUACCCCAAUCAAGAGGUCGAGGCCGUGGUGGAUCUGGAGGUGGUGAUCGUGAGUAUCGCAGAUUUAAUGGCAAUCGUGAAAGAGAUUGGCGUGAUGAUCGACGAAGGUAUGAUAAUGAACGCGAGUUCAGAGAUGAGCGUGAUUCUAGAAGACGUGACGACUUGAGGAAUCAAGAAGAACGUCCUUCCUCUCCAAGUCAAGAUCGUCAAGAUGAUCGCAACUUGCCUCAAUCUGAAUUCCAGUAUGACAGACGCGUCUACACGCCUCCCAAAGACGCAGUUGAAGUUGAAAAUGGAGUCCUCACAAAGUACGUAAAUAAGAGCGAUCUACCUCUCACUUCCAAGACGUUGCAGGAUCGUGUUCAACAGCGUCUCAAAGACAUUGAACGGCGUCAUCGCUCCGAGUCGGGUGGUGAUGGAGAUGGAUGGCGUGGAAGGGGAGGUUUUCGAGGAGACAGAGGUGGACGUGGUCGUCCUGGUGGUCCACGAGGUGGUCGUGGAAGUUGGAGAGGCUCGUGGCGGGGAGAUGAUAACGGUGGUGAUUGGAGAGGUAGCAGACGUGGCGGUUGGCAAGGAAAUCGCGAUAGAUAUGGCGGUGACAGACGUAGUGCCGGAGGCGGUGGCGAUGGUGGACCAGACGAACCCCGUCGACGUCGCCGUUAUGAUCGCUCAGGCUCCAACACACGAUCUCGGUCAAAGUCACCGGUCGCUAAACGGUCUCGUCGAACCAGGGAUAGUCGUUCACCUCCAUCAAGAUCACGUUCUGGAUCUUAUUCUCGCUCACCAUCACGCUCUCCUUCUCCAUACCCUAGAAAACGUAUAUCUCACGCAAGGAUAAAAACCCCGCCGUUAGCACCUCUGACAAAUAAACGUCACAGCGAUUCCGAAGAUCAUAUGGCGGAGGUUGAACAAUUUGUCGCUCAAUUGCAAGCCAAGCGACAAAUGGAGGCUGAAAAGCAGGAACAGGCUGAUCAACCCCUAAUUGGUCCCCAAAUGCAGAAUGCGGAGUAA